AUGGCACGUUUAGGAGAAAUGUCCAAAUGUUGUUGUUUGCCAUUAGGAGGAGGAUGCGUAGUAUCAGCAGUGAUUAUUUUGAUCCGUUUUCUUGGAUAUUUCUUAGAGGAGAAAUCUGAAAUGAAGACAGUUAAUCUUAUAUUAUAUGGUGUAUUAUUUGGCUGUGUUGUGAUGGGAAUAUUACUCAAGAAUUUUAUUAUAUUAUACAUUGUUGCUGCACUUUUAGUUGUAUAUAUAAUUGAUAUGAUUAUAGUCUUUAUUCUUAUUUUGAUACCUGUUCUAUCAUCUACUAGUCAACACAAAUCUACAGCUAUAGUGUUCAUGCUGAUUACGACAUUUACGAGCAUGAUGGUUAUGCUCUUUUUGUUGAACAUAUUUUUAUCGAUGGGUAAUGUUUUGAAAGAAGGGGGCACAGGAUGGGAAAACAAAAACUAUAAGCAAAUACGAGCAGAGAAAGAUGCAAUUGUUAGUAAGGAAGAAAGGAAGAUAAUUGAUAACCAAAUAGCACAGAAUGACUACAAGGCAUAA